GAGCGGGAAGGGGCCGAGGGAAGGCGCACACACCGCCCCGGCCGCCGGCGGAGCCGCCCUCCGAGCGCUCGGGCUCGCCCACGCCCAGAGCGGCAGCGGCGCUGCCCGGCCCGAGGCUCAGGCCGCAGGGGCCGCAGCCCGCCGGGGUAGGAGGAGGCGGAGGUGCAGGACCAUGCUGGCGGGGCUGGGCCGGGCGCUGCGCAGCGGCAGGCGGCAGCUCCCGGUGCUGCUGGGCAGGCGGGAUGGCUGCACGCCGCCCUCGGCGCCUCAGCCAGAGGGUAUGUCUUUCCUGCCUUCCCAUUUUCAUUUGUCUGCUGGAUGGCCUCAGCUGUGUUGAAACAGGAAAACUGAAUCAAGUCCUUGGAGCUCUUUUGUGGGGCUCUGGAGGCACACCGGAGGUUGGAGGGGCCGGGAAGGAGCACCUUACAGCACGCUGAUGCCAUCUGAUGAAGUAACUAUUAAUUACAGACAUGGUCUUCCUGUGAUAACUCUUAUGCUGCCCACAAGAAGUGAGCGGUGUCAGUUCACUGUCAAGCCAGUAGUGACCACUGUAGGAGCAUUCCUGCAGGAUGUGCAAAGAGAAGAUAAAGGAAUUGAGAGAGCUGAAGUCUUUGCAACAGAUGGUAGCAAGGUCUCUGAUGCAACCUUAAUGGAGGUCUUAUUGAUGAAUGACUUUAAGCUUGUUAUCAACAAUAAAGCAUACAGUGUGUCACCACCUGUAAAAGAUAAGCUGAGUAGUGAGCAUGCUACUGAAAUGGACGAUAUCAAAUCCUUGGUUCACAGACUGUUUGUGGCUCUACAUUUAGAAGAUCACCAGAUCAGGAAAGAGAGAGAAUUGCUGCAGAAACUAGACCAUCUGAAAGGAGAGCUGCUUCCUCUUGAACAGAUGAAAGCCAGAAUCAUGGACAGUGCAGAUGCAAAAACCUCCAGGCUUUUAUGGGUUGGCCUAGCCCUGAUGUCAACUCAGGGGGGAGCGCUGGCAUGGCUGACAUGGUGGGUCUACUCGUGGGACAUCAUGGAGCCAGUCACGUACUUCAUCACCUACGGGAGUGCCAUGGCUUUCUACGCCUACUUCGUUCUUACCAAGCAGGACUACAUUUAUCCUCACGCUAAGGACAGGCAGUUCCUCCACUACUUCUACCGCAAAUCCAAAAAGCAGCGUUUCAAUGUGGAACGAUACAACAAGCUCAAAGACGACCUAGCAGAGGCAGAAGAAUCCCUAAGGCGUCUGCGCCAACCUCUGCAACUGAGGCUUCCCAUCCAGGAAAUCAACAACAAGGACUGACUUUGGUUUUGUGUAUAUUGGAGAUGCCCUUUCAAAGCUGAUAGGAACUUUAGUUGCUCCAAAGCACCUGGGUAUUUUUGACCACUUAAGUUUUAAAAGUUGCAAUAAAUAGCUUUAAAAAUUA